AUGAUCCAGCACUCCAGGCUCUGCGCCAUUCCCGUCACCGUCCUCGAAAACAUCGCCCUCGAGGCCACCUUGAUCGACCCGCUCGGUCCUCCCUCCGUCCUGGUCCCUCUCCUCCUCACAUGUCGUUAUGUAUAUCAUUCCCUAUCUAUGCAUGGCUGUCCCCAUCUCUACGGUCGCAUUUUCCGGUCCAGAUUUGACUCGCGUGCCGCGUUCCGUCGCCUCGGUGUACGCGCUACGUACUCCAAGAAUCUCGCAUGGCAGCUGCGCAAGCAUUGCCUUGCUCUGAAACGCAUCAGGCGCGGUGACAUAUUCGACAGCAAUCUCAAAGCCGACCUUUGGGUUGCCUUUAUCAUGGCAGUCGAGAACGACGGCAAGAACAUCGUCCAGCUCGAGUGGGCGAACAUAGGCUCCCUUCUCCACAAUUUCCUCGUAACCCGCUUGUGGGAGAACAGACAGGACAGCAACGGUUGGCCUGCGGAGAGUGCGCUCAACGCUCUUGUCAUUUGGCUCGUAUGGUUUGACUUGGACGAUGCCAAGCUUGCUGCCAUAACCCCGGAGAAACGCAAGCAGAUCAUGGAUCUCAUUCGUCCGUACGUCCUCACCGCCGCUCGCUAUCCUUCGUUCCACGCUCCGGACAACCAUUUCGACUUCCCCCUCCCGGACGAACUGCAGAACGCGUUUCCGUAUACGCUUAUGACCCCGCAUGGCUUCUACCCACUCUAUCGUCAGCCCGACGCACUUAUCGAGCGGGGUCGUCGCCAUUUCAAUCUGCCGCUCGCGAUCUCCCCGCCGCUCAUUGCCCAAGGCGCGAAGCUGCUGUACAUGACGCUCAGCGGGACGAUGCUCUUCGACAUUCCGUCCUCGCUCCCGCUCAACCGCGAACACGCGAUACAGCUCGGGCGUACGCACGUCUGCCUCACCCAGGCGGACCUCGUGGAAGUCAACGCCCACAAGUCCGUUAAGCUCGUUGACCGCGGCACGUGGGAAUGGCGAGCUGCGCUCACCGAGGAAGAGGGUAGGCUCGAGGACGAUGGUGUCUGGCGCAGAGGCCUGAAGGGUCCUAGUGCGCGCUGGGACAACGACUGGCACCGUCUGACGUGCUGCACGAAUCCUUGGGAGAUCCCGGAACUCAAGGGCGUAGUAUACACAUACGGUACCCUGGACGGACAGUGGCAGGGCGUCAUACAGAUUCCCGACGUCGGCCAGUACUUCGCGCUUAUCCGGUCCGUGAACUUCCCAGAGGAUUUCUCCGACCAGAAUCCGCGCCUCUCCACGGUGCCCGUAUACAUGCGCCUCCGCGAGCACCACUGCAUCAGUCCGGAGGUCGCGGUCGCGUACGGGGGCUCGCCGAGCGACUACGACGAUGGUAUCCGCAACGGGUGGUUCCCGAAGGUCUCGUUCCGCGAGUCGCACGGGAUGGUGCGCGUGGACGACGAGACCCACAACGAAGUCUCGCACUACGAGACGUACGUCGAGGGCCGCCCGAAUUCGCACAGCGAGGACCGCUGCAUGUCGUGCCUUCAUCGCCGCCGGCUCGAGGACGAGGAGCUCCAGAUGCGCGUGCAUGCGCAGAGGCGCGCGUCGCAGGAGGCGGAGAUUGGGGACGGCGGGGGUCGCAGCUUCGCGUUGCGGAAGGAGACGUCGGCUGCCGGCCCGCCCUCGACGUCUGCCUCGAGGUUGCCUUCCUCGAGCCCGAUGUCGGAGGCCGCGGAAGAUGAAGAGAUGCGGAUGGCCGUGGAUAACGCGCUCGGGCCUGACGUCAACGUCGACGAGCUGCUUGACGAAGUGAUGGGUGAGUCGGACCACGAGGACGGUAGCGAUGCUGAGGACACCGACGUGGAUGCGGACGCGUAUGACGACGACGAUGACAGGAGCGAUACCGAUAGCGUCAUGGAGUACAUGAUGCAUACGUGUAACGGUAUCCAGGAUAUCAUCGUCACCGGCGAGACGCUUCCGCGCCACGGCCAGGCCUGGCAUCACUUCCGCUUUUAUGGGCGCGUGCGCAAGUGGGAUGGGCUGAUUGCCAUCGUUCGCGUACCGGUCCACUACCCCGAACUCGGCGUGUUCAUAUUCCGCGGGUACAUCGUCGCGAACACCAACUUCGUCGGCUCUUGGCGGGCCUACACGCACAAUACGCAUGCCAUACCGCUCGAGGGCCCCUUCGUCAUGAGCAAGGUUUAG